AUGUCCACCCCACCAAAACCUGUAACAGCAUCCUGCCACUGCGGCGCCAUCACAGUCACCGUCCCUUAUAAACCCACCCGCAUCAACGAAUGCCAAUGCACCCUCUGUCGCCGCUAUGCCGCCGCCUGGGCGUACUACACUACCGCUGACGUGCAGAUCUCGCCUGCUCCCUCGCAUGAGGAGUCGGCGGCGAGUGGAGCGUAUAUCUGGGGUGAUAAACACCACGGCUUCCAUUUUUGCCGGAAGUGUGGCUGCGUCAUGUGUUGGUAUCCAUGCGAUGUGGUGGAGGGGAAGGUGGAUGCGAAGGAGGGGAAGCAAGUGGGCGUGAACACGCGGAUGAUGCGGCCGGAGGAUGUGAGAGAGGUGGAUCGGGAGGUGUUGUUUGAUGCGUUGAAGAUGACUUUGGGGAAGGACGUGCCGAAGGAGGAGAGGCAUGUGGAUGAUGGGGCUGUUUAUGAGGACUAG